AAUUAGUUGAUUAGUUCAAACAGACAAAACAACCCUACAACCUAACAAUGGCAUUCUUUAUUGCAGCUCUUUGCACCUUAGCACUUAGUGCAAUGGCAUCAGCUGGUAUUGCACCUGGAUAUGGAUUAGGUUAUGGAGCUAUUGGUUUAGGAUAUGGAGCUGCUGGUUUAGGAUAUGGUGCAGCGGGCUUGGGUUAUGCCGGCGCUGGAUAUGGUGGUUUAGGAUAUGCAGGAGCGGCUGGUCAUGGUUUAGAUUAUUAUGCAUAUCCAAAAUACUCCUACAAUUAUGGAGUUAAGGACGCCCAUACUGGUGAUGUAAAAUCUCAAUCAGAAGUACGUGAUGGUGAUGUAGUCAAAGGACAAUAUUCUUUGGUUGAACCAGACGGUUCAGUACGUGUAGUAGACUACACAGCCGAUGACCACAAUGGUUUCAACGCAGUAGUCAAGAAAGUUGGACCAACAGUACACCAUGCACCAGCCCCAUUAGCCCAUGGCUAUGGCUUAGGUGCCGGCUUAGGCUAUGGAUAUGGAGCUUAUGGUGCCUAUGGAGCACAUUAAGAUGCCAAUGACUGAUCUGUUUAAAUCUUCCAAGCUAAUUUUAAAUUAUUGUACACUAUUUGUGAUAAUUUUGUUAUAUAGGUACUUGUAAAUACUGCUGAGUUUGAUGAAAUUUUUAUACUUCUGUAAAUAUCUAAUAAAAAAAUUCUA